AUGGUUUCGUUGGAAACCUUACUGGCACCUUCUCAUAGUUUGUUAAUCCAACAUUCACCAGCGCUGACGCCACAACAGCUGCGUGGCAUUGUGGAAUGCUACGGGAUUCUUGAUGACAUGCUCUCAUACCACCUCAAGGAAAGUGUAGAUCACGUGAGUGUUGUGCAAUAUCGUGAUGUAGCCAGUAAAGAAUUGUGCUACCUAUCCUUGAGAGCUUUGAUCUCUGCCCAUGGCAACCCAAUCAGGAACGUUGCUUGGAUUCACGAGGAAGCUGUGGCGCUUUUGCCACAGAAAAACUACAUACAACCAUUUACUCCUAAUGCAGAGGAGAGUGAAAUGCCCCCAACAAAAGGUUGUCUGGUGUUAUAUUUAUCAAAUAUUUCAAAUACACUUCGCCCAGAGCUUCUGGCGUCGGUUACCAGCCAAAAAUUCCUUUUUGAUUUUUUUAUUGAUUCUGUAAAUGGUGGGCGUUGCUUUAUGUGUUGUCCCACAAUUGAGGUGGCGGAGCACAUGCGGAGAAGUCUCGCACAACUUUAUCCAGAGUGUAAGAAAGACAUACACUACUGUGAUUACGAAGACUUACUAAGAGCAAGAGGGCAAAGCAAGAAGAUCUAA